CCUGCAGCACACACUCCAAGCUACAUUCGAGGUGACAGCAAUGAAUCCUGAAGGUUAUCCGUGUGAGGUUGCUCCACUGCAAGGGGGGAGGUAUGAUGAGUUACCUGCACAGUCCAGUGCACCUACGAUGGUUCAGUUCACCACUGUGAACAUCACCACUGAGCCCCCCCAAGAUCACAUCAUCUGGUCCUUGUGCAGCUUGGUCUAUUUAAACCCUUUCUGCCUUGGACUGGCAGCGCUCAUCUACUCUAUUAAGGCCAGAGACAGGAAGGUGGUUGGAGACCUGGAGGGUGCCCGACACUACGGCUCCACUGCCCGCUGCCUCAACAUCAUUUCCACCGUGCUGACUUCCAUCGGAAUCCUUGUUUUGAUUAGAAUUUUCGUUGGGUUGACCAAUUUCCUCAUGAGCCUAAAAUUCACUUAG